GCGACGUCACCAUAAACACUCGUGGGCAACAUGGCGGCGCCGCCGAGCGGCAAGGUUGUAUAUGAGCAAGAAGGAGUUUUCAUUCACUCCUCCUGUGGAAAAAAUGAUGACCAGGACAGCUUAAUAGCAGGAAUACUGCGUGUCAUAGAAAAGGAAAAUGAAGUGGUAGUAGACUGGAGACCACUGGAUGAGACUUUGGAUACUUCUAAUAUCCUCUGUGCUGGAAAGGAUUCCAGUUCUGUUGUGGAGUGGACUCAAACUCCAAAAGAAAAAUGUUCCCGAGGAGCAGACCGUCCAAGUAGUUAUGAAGCAGAAUGGGACAUGGUCACCACAGUCUCUUUUAAGAAGAAACCUCAUUCAAAUGGAGAUGCUACAACUCAUGCAAACAGAGAAAGCAAGUGGUCGUUCCUGUUCAGUUUGGCAGAUCUGAAAUCAAUCAAACAAAACAAAAAAGGCAUGGGAUGGUCUUAUUUGGUGUUCUGUCUGAAGGAUGAUGUGAAGCUUCCAGCUCUUCACUUUCAUCAUGGAGAUAGCAAACCAUUGAUUAAAUGUCUUGAAAAGCAUGUUGCACUGAAUGAAUCUCCACAUGAUGAACGGGUUCUUCUUGUGAAGACUCAGAAGUCACUGUCUCAGUCUUUUGAAAAUCUCUUUGAUGAACCAUCUUAUGGCUUAUUACAAAAAUGGAAGAAAGAUCCAUACGUAGUAACAAUGGGAAAAUUUUCCAAAGUCACAAACUAUAUUGUUGGUAGUUUACGUUCAAGUGAUCAAUCAAAUCAGAGGCGACCACCAUCAGAAAUGGCAGACUUCCUCAAUGAUACCAUUCCAGGGCUGAAGAUAAAUCAGCAGGAAGAGCCAGGAUUUGAAGUCAUUACACGAAUCAACCUAGGGAAACAACCUGAAGUUAGUAGAAGAGAGCCUGUGUCAGCUGAAGAAUGGGCUAAGAAUAUGGACUCUGAAGGAAGAAUUUUAGAUGUUGACUACAUAAAACGAUUGAUAUUCAAAGGGGGUCUGUGCCAUACUUUAAGAAAAGAGGCAUGGAAAUUUCUUUUGGGAUAUUUUCCUUGGAAUAGCACUAAAGAAGAGAGAGCAAAUCUGCAAAAAAGGAAAACGGAUGAAUAUUUCAGGAUGAAACUGCAGUGGAAAUCUGUCAGUGAGGAGCAGGAAAAGCGAAAUUCAAGAUUAAGAGAUUACCGCAGUCUUAUAGAAAAAGAUGUUAACAGGACAGAUCGAACAAAUAAGUUCUAUGAAGGCGAAGAUAAUCCAGGACUGAUUUUACUUCAUGAUAUUUUGAUGACCUAUUGCAUGUAUGACUUUGACUUAGGUUAUGUGCAGGGGAUGAGCGACUUGCUGUCACCUGUCUUGUAUGUUAUGGAGAAUGAAGUAGAUGCCUUUUGGUGCUUUGUGUCAUACAUGGAUCAAAUGCAUCAGAAUUUUGAAGAACAGAUGCAGGGUAUGAAGACACAACUUAUUCAGCUGAGUCAUUUGCUUCGUUUACUAGACAGUGGAUUUUGCAGUUAUUUAGAAUCUCAAGACUCAGGCUACCUUUAUUUUUGUUUCCGGUGGCUUCUUAUCAGAUUUAAAAGGGAAUUUAGUUUUCAAGAUAUUCUCCGACUCUGGGAGGUCAUGUGGACGGAAUUGCCUUGCCAGAAUUUUCAUCUUCUCCUUUGUUGUGCUAUCCUAGAAUCUGAAAAACAGCAAAUAAUGGACAAGCACUAUGGGUUCAAUGAAAUACUAAAGCAUAUCAAUGAACUGUCUAUGAAAAUCGAUGUGGAAUAUAUACUCUGCAAAGCAGAAGCAAUUUCUAUGCAGAUGAUGAAUUGCAAGGAAUUGCCUCAAACAGUCAGUGAGAUCCUGGGGAUAGAGAACAGUUCGGUAACGCCAGAUUCAGAUACUGGAGAGGAUGAAAGUGGAGCUGAGUUGAGCUGUCCGACGUCACUAUAUCAGAGUAUCUCAACCCCUGUAAUUGCUGCCAAUGGGACGGGGAACGGUGCUCAGCAGGCGGCUGAGACACAGAACCUGACACCUGCCUAAUUACACUUGGUCCCAUUGGAGAAAGACUUUCACUGAGCACAUUCUUUUCAAGCACUUGAGAGAUGGAUAUUUAAAUUUGGUGUUGAUUAAGCUUUAAGGUUGUAAAGAAAAUCUGUACUGUAAUGCUUUUGCAUUAAAGCUUUACAACAUGACUCAACUUAA